UUAAUGACAACAACAUUUUCAACAUCAUGGAUGUAUAUUGAUUGAUUGAUUGAUUGAUGUCAUACACAAAUACACAAAUAAAUGACAGACAUAAAUACAAACACAUAGUCGAAUGUAAAAACAAAAAAAAAAUUGAAACUAUCCCUUUACUAUCAAAGUCCCCUGUACUGUAUUGUUCGAUCGAUAUAUAUCGAUUAUCGCGAACGAUAAAUAAACAAAUGAUUGCCCAUUACCCAAAAAAAAAAAAUUAAUGACGAUCAUCCAAAUGUAAUCACAAAUUUGUGAUCAAAGAUUGAAUAUUCUGAUAAACAAACACCAUUUUGAGCAAUUUGGAUUAAAAAUAAAAUAAAAAAGAAACGUUUCAAUGACGUUCUCAUCAUUAUUGUCGUCGUCAUCAUCAUCAUCAUCGUCUGUUCGACGUAUUUUCACCAUUUUAUAGUAAACAUCAAACAAAUAAACACACACACACAAUCAAAAGCUAUUCCGGUGUUGAGCAUAUAUAAUAAUUUUUUUAUAUUUAUGUGAUUGCAUAAAACACAUGGCUAUAAUGCCAAUGAUAAUAUAUAGUCAACAUUAAAAUCAUCAUAAAUAUAUCAAUAUCAUUAUUAUCAAUCGAUAUUUUGUUUUCAUAUAUGUGUUGAUUGAUCAGAUGCAGAUUAAUUGACAAAAAAAAACAUAACCACAAUAACAACAACAACAAUCAUCAUCAUCAUCAUCAAAAACAAUGGAAACAAUUGGACAAUUUGAAUAUAAUGACAAGGAUUUGAUUGGCCAUGGUGCAUUUGCUGUUGUGUAUAAAGGUCGUUUUAUUAAUAAUCCUAAAAAAGAAGUUGCCAUCAAAAGAAUAACAAAGAAAAAUCUAUCACGUUCACAAAAUUUAUUGAAAAAAGAAAUAAAAAUUCUACAAGAAUUGACUGAAUUACAUCAUGAAAAUGUUGUAUGCUUAUUGGAUUGUAAAGAAACACCGCAAUAUGUUUAUCUGGUCAUGGAAUAUUGUAAUGGUGGUGAUUUGGCCGAUUAUCUUAAUGCAACCAAACGGACAUUAUCAGAGAGUACGAUUCGGAUAUUUUUACGACAAAUAGCUGCCGCAAUGAAAGCAUUGAAUGCUAAAGGCGUUGUCCAUCGUGAUCUCAAGCCUCAGAACAUUCUGCUUUGUUAUCAAUCUGAAGAUGAUGGCAGAAUGCCACCACCAUCAACGAUACAAUUAAAGAUUGCCGAUUUUGGUUUUGCACGAUUUCUUGGUGAAGGUGUCAUGGCAGCUACACUUUGUGGUUCACCAAUGUAUAUGGCUCCAGAAGUGAUAAUGUCACAACGAUAUGGUGCUAAAGCUGACCUAUGGUCGAUUGCAACAAUCAUCUAUCAAUGUUUAACCGGACAGGCACCAUUCAAGGCAAAUACUCCACAUGAAUUAAGACAUUAUUAUGAAUCGACACCAAAUUUAGCUCCAAUGAUACCCAAAAGCACUUCACCCCUAUUAGCCGAUCUUCUAACUCGAUUACUACGACGAAAUGCCAAAGAUCGUAUGGAUUUUGAAGAAUUUUUUUGUCAUCCAUUUCUAAAUGAAGAUACUAAUCUGCCUCCAAUGGUGACAUAUUGUGAUAAUAAAAAUUCAAAAUCCAAUCAAGAGAAUAUAAAACCUAAUUAUAUGAAACAGCAUCAAAAUUCUCGUGUAAAUCGUUUAAAAGAAGAGAACAAAUCUGCUAGCAGCAAAGGAAUAGGAGGAGAAAGAGAAGUAUCAGCUGGUUCUAGCCAAAUGAAAAAUUUAAAAUCGAACAAUAUGAUAACCGAAUCGGAAAAGAAAGAGAUUCCAAAUAACAAUAAAAAUCGACAAUCACCAAAUAGCGGUGAUUCGAGUGAUGUCGAUGAUUUUGUCAUGAUAAAUGAAGAUGUAGUAGCAACGAUUGUACCGCAACAAAUUCCAAACACCGUAACUGGAACCAUAACGACGGCAGCAGAAUCUAGUCUUCCUCAAAGGAUAUUGAAUCGAACAUUGAGACCAUUGGUUUCAUAUGCAAUGCCUGAACCGGUUCCAGUACCAACACAACGUGCCGCUUAUGAACAGAUACAACGUUCAAGUGGUUCAAAUUCCAGUUCUAUUGGCGUUAUACAUGAAAGUGAUUCCGAAUCGGCUAGUGGCGGAAAUAGCGGUGGGAAUGCUAAAUCAUCGAUGACUAGUCAAAGUCCACCUCGAACACCACCUCAAAAUAUUGUCAAUAAUAAUAAUAAUCAACAGCGUAGACAAUCAUCAAACACACAGAAACAAACCUGUUCAUCACCAAAUACAGUGAAUCUCAAACGACAUGAUUCAUCAUCAUCGAUUGGUUCCAGUGUUGAAAGUGCCAGUUCUCGUGGCGGAUCUUCUCGACAUGUAUUAACCACUGAUGUUAGUCAAAUGUCUCCACCGGUGAAUUUUACACUUGGAUCGAGUCCUACCCAAUCACCAGGAUCGGGUUUUAUGCAGAUGAAUACUGGAAAUAAUAGUAGUUAUCAUCGAUCUCGUCGUCUCAGUAUACCUCAUCUGAAUCAGCAACAGCAACAACAAUUUUCUCAACCGAUUUCACCACCAUAUUUUAAUUAUCCUACAUCAAAUUAUUCAAAUCUAUCUGGCUAUCAUUAUGGUUCGAUGGUAAAUCAUCAUCAUCACCAUCAACAAUAUUACCAUGGGUCACCCGAACGAUAUACAAUGCAGAAUACAUCACCAAAAUUAUCUCAACAUUCUAAUCUUCGUCAUAGUAAAACGGAACCAUCAAUUAGUUCACAUUUGCCAGUUAAUAAUGAUAAUAGUAAUGAUAACCUAAUGAAAACUAUUCAACAUUCAUCAUCAUCAUUGUUAGCCAAAGAUUAUUAUGGAUCAACGCGUGCAUUGAAUAUUCAACAGCAACAAAAUUAUCCACAUUAUCAUCAACAUUAUCAUCAUCAUCACGGUCAUCCACAAACCUAUUGUCCGGCCGGUUCUGGACAUUUUUACGGUAUAACAGCCGUUCAACCACAGCCACAAGGUCCAGAUAAUAAUAAUAAAUUAGUUCAUCGUCAUCAUUAUCAAUCAUCUGCCAAUGUACAUCCUUAUUAUACAUUGAACCAUCAUCCACAUCAUCCAUCAACAGGUGCACAUCAACAUUUAUUUCCAUGUUGCCCUAGCGCCAGUCAAAUGAUGCAUUCACCGCCAUCACCAUCGUCAACUUCGUUUCGUUCACGUAUGUUCCCGUAUGUUAAAGACACACCAAUCACUUUCGAACCACCCGUAUUGUCCGAAGAGACUUUACUUGACAAACAUCACAAUGAAACAUUAGCUAAAUUGAACUUUGUAUUAGCAUUGGUUGAUUCGAUAUUUGAAUUAGUCAAUGAUAUAUCCAAUCCAAUUGCUGUGUUAUCCGAAUCAACUACGUCAAACGAGCUCUCCGAUGAAGAGCAGAAAAACAAAGAACGUUUCGUCCUAUAUUUUCGUUGUUUACAACUCUUAUCAUCGGCAUUAAAAUUGUCACAAAAAGAAAUAAGCGAUAAACGUCUUUAUACAUCGAAUAAUGUCCGAAAUGUGUUGAAAAUCAUGAAAGAUAAAUAUCAUAAAUGUUUGGAUCUUUGUAAUAAUUUACGUGAUGAAAAUAAAUUAUUGCUAAAAACAUUGGAUAACAUUUCGGCCGAUAAAAUUAUUUACGAAUAUGCAUUGAAAAUGUGUCGAUCAGGUGCCGUCGAUGAAUUGAUUGGUUCACGUGAAGAGAGCUUCAAACGUUAUCAAACAGCACAGAUUCUGUUACAUAGCCUAAGUCAACAGAUCAAUAAUAAUGAUGAUCGUUAUAUAUUGAAUAGAUAUCGUGAAGCAGUAGAAAAACGUUUAUAUUAUCUAUUACAGAAUCAAGGAUCUGGAUAUAAUAUUUUGACAUAUAAUUCACCAUGACAUUAUUAUUCCACAACAGCCAUCAACAUCAUCAUCUUUCAUCAUCAUCAUCAUCAUUAUUACUUGGCUAGAAUAUUCCUAUCUACCACUACAUUUUUAUAUUCCAAUUCACCAAUUCACUAUUACUCAUUUAUACUCAUUCAUAAGCAUAUGAAUAAACAAAAUUUCGACAUGACACAAUUAUUAGGAUUCUAAAUAUAUAUAUACUUUGUCUCUUUUUUUUGUUUCAAAACAUCAAAAAAAAACUAAAAAAAAAUUUCUCUUUUUUUUCUAUUCAUGUAUGUUUGAAUGAUUUUUCAUCCAUGUACGAAUCGAAUCACAAAUGACACAUUCCGAAUGUAAACAUUUGUUCUUCUGUAUUUUAAGCAUCAAAAUGAUGAUGACAUGAAAAAGACUAUCAUGAAGGUCAAUGCGACGACGACGACGACGACGACAAAAUACAUUUUGGCUUUAUUAUUGAAUUGAUUGAAAUUAUCCAUAUAUUUUUUUUUGGUGGCUAUCGAUUUUUAUCUCUGCAUUUAUGACAUUUGUU